AUGGAGAGCCAGGAGCCGCGAUCCCCCGACCCUGAGUCGGGAAGAAAUCCCCAGCGCCGGCGUCGACCACCGCUGUCUUGCACAGAAUGUCGCCGGCGCAAACUGAGGUGCGAUCGCUCGCUGCCAUGCGGGCAGUGUAUUCGUUCCAAGACUGCGGACGCCUGUGUCUUUGCCGGUCCACAACCAGGGCCGUCGGAUUCGUUGAACAGCCGCAUGUCGCCACCCAUCGCGCGGAUGCAACCACCCAGCGGCUCCGAUAAUCAAUCCGGGGAGAAGGGAGGCAUGUUUGUCUUCGACUCAAAGCUGGGGCCCAGCUUCAACUCACAUCGCAUCUCUAAACGCAGCCGCCCGGAUGAGCUCCAUGACAUGCGGCAGCGGCUGCGUCUACUGGAGAAUGCCUUGACCAAAACAUCUAGUUUGAACACCCUCGAAAACACGACAAGCGACGUCCGGUCCAACUUGAGAAUAUCCCAGCCCCCCGAAAACAUUGGGGUCGAUGAUCAUGUCCGGUUUUUGCCCGAUGCGAGUUUCCGGGGCAAGAAAGCCAAAACCCGCUACUUUGGUCGCAGUCACUAUACAACCACGGUAUCAUUUUUUUGCGAUCUUGGGAUAUUUAUGCGGAAGUACCGCGGAAACUCCAAAGACAAAGAAUAUACGGACGUAAAACAGUUCAAGUGCGAGCUCUGGUCACGGGAAACACAGAAUCACCAACGGGAGUUUCGAGAGCAAGCAUUUAACUUGGAAGAAAUGAUUCCGCCUCGGCCUGUGGCAGAUGAGCUGCUUCACUUGUACCUGGAGACAUUCGAAACCACCUACCGGGUUUUACAUGUGCCGACCUUUUUAAAGCAAUACUCCGAUCACUGGGCUCGCAUCCAACCCCCCGACAUGGCUUUUGUGGCCCAGCUGCUGGCGGUAAUGGCGGCCGGUAGCUGUUUCUAUGUGUCUUCUGACCAGUAUGGUGGAGAGGCACCUCAAAAGUCUGCCCUGAAGUGGAUCAUGGCGGUUCAGUCGUACAUCUCAUGCACCUUUGUGAGCCCCGACAUCGAUUUGCGAAUGAUUCAGAUACAGACUUUGCUCUUGGUCGCUCGUCUUGGAGUGGCCAGCGACGGGGAUGUGGCCUGGGCUUCGUCGGGAUCGUUGAUCCGGUCUGCCAUGACGAUGGGGUUGCACCGCGAUCCCACCCGUUUCCGCAAAGCUGUGCCCUACUGGUCUGAAAUGCGUCGUCGUUUAUGGGCCACAAUUGUUGAGCUGGAUCUCAAGAUUUCGUUGGACCGUGGCGUGCCGCCGUCGAUGGACUUGGACGAAUGCGACUGUGACCCGCCAUCAAACUGGGACGAUGCUGACUUGACAGAAGAUAUGAAGCAUGAUCCGGCUCCACUUGGUGUGACUCGAUAUACCCGGAAUUUUUACCAAGUGCUUCUCGCGAAGACGCUGCCCCUGCGGUACCGCGUUGCCAAGAAGAUUAAUAGCCUGAAGUUCGACCUAUCCUACGAUGAUGCGUUGCGCAUGAGCGAGGAGCUUGUCCAGUAUAUGCAAACUGUAAAAUCCCUCUUUGACGACCAUGCUUCGGGCAUGAUGCACAAUGAAGCCGGCCAACGGCGAUUUCCCCAGUCCCUGCAUCUGUUUAUCAUCCGCAAGUUUCUUCUGGCCCUCCAUCGGCCUUUUUCGCUCAGUGUUGCGCGGCUCCCCAAGUGCUCGUACUCCCGAAAGAUCUGCCUCGAAAAUUCCCUUGAAAUCCUCUCGCAGAUGGAGCUUCCUCCCUCCCCAGAGACCAAUCUCCAUCCGCACAUUACCCAAUUGGGCAGUGGCAUGUUUCGUGAUGAGACCUUUCACGCUGCGGUCACCGUCUGCGUGGAGCUCAUUCUCCAGGCCAAUGAAAUGAGCCAUUCCGUGGGGCUUUCAAUGGAGGGGACCAACUCCAGUGUGCUUUUGAGCAUGAUCCAAUCUCAGCAAGGCGUGAUGCUCAAGGCGGUGGACCGAAUCACCGAUGAUUUUGGAAGGCGAAUCGAUCCGAGUGGAAAAGGAUGCAAGCCAUACUAUUUUAUGAACAUCAUCUUGGCGUCGGUCAAGUCUCGCAUCAACGGGGAGGAGCCACAGAGCAAGGUCGAGGCUGCGUCAAAAAUAGCGGUUCGCGUCUGCCGAGCACUGUUGAACGGUGUGCCGUGGCCCGAGGCCAAAGCUUGCGGGGAUUGCAAGCCUGCAUCGAUCCCAACAGCACCGGGGGGGUUGACCCCGACCUCUCGCACCCCGAGUGACUUGGAUCCUGCGUCUCUGUUGUCGACGGACCUCACCGACUUCACGCCCAUGGAUCUCGGGGGUUGGUUUGAUGGGUUAGACUAUGGAGGUCCAGAGCUCUGGGAUCGCGACUUCCUGGGGAACUUGCCCUGGGCAUCAUGA